AUGAAAACAAAAGCGGAACAGAGUACUAAUCGUAAUCAAGUACCAGUUGCAGAAAAACAACCAGACAAAAAUCUGAUACGUAUUAAUUAUCAUCAGGACAAUGAAGGUUUAAUUAAUCGUCAAAUUAAUAUUGAAUUAUAUGCAAGUUAUGUUUAUCAGGCGUUGGCAUUUCAUUUUGAUCGUUAUGAUGUUGCAUUUAAAGGUAAUCAUAAGUAUUUCAAGGAAAUGGCUGAAAAAAAGGUUGAACAUGCAAAAAGCUUACUGGAAUAUCAAAAUAAACGUGGCGGUACAAUUGUCUAUAUGGAUGUAGAAAAGCCAACACAACAAAAUUGGAAUUCACCAUUGGAAGCUCAUGAAGUAGCCUUACAACUAGAAAAAGAUAUUUAUAAUGCAUUUUUAGAACUACAUGCAUCUGCUUGUAAGCACAAUGAUCCGCAUUUGACAGAAUAUAUUGAAGGCGAAUUUCUUGAUAAACAAGUUGAUAAAAUAAAAGAAUAUGGUGACUAUAUAACAAAUUGGAAACGUGUUGGCCUUGGACUUGGUGAAUACGUGUUCGACAAAGAAGAAUUUGAUGAUUAA